AAAUGGACUUGUCUAUGGAAUCACAGAACGGAAUCUUGUAAAAGAUUAGGCCAUUUCAUAAAACAAAUGUAUAGUAACUCGCAGAAAUUAUCUUCGAGACAGUUGUAUUUAUUUCAGCUUUGCAUUUUAAUUUAAAUUGAAUCGUGAUCAGCAUUGUAGGCCCAUUGUAGAGGAUUCAUCUUCGUCUCUAGCGGAAGGGUUAGCAGUCUAGAUUCUGCAAGAGAAAAAGAUUUGCAUUGAGAGAAGACGUAAGGUUGAGGGUGUGGCGGUAUUUGUUUCGUAUUUCCUGAAAAGUACAGAACAAUUAGCUCUAAGGGCUAGGAUGUCAGUGCUGAAUCAGAGUGGGGAAGAGCAGGUGGAAUGUCCCCUUUGUAUGGAACCCUUGGAGGUAGACGAUCUCCAUUUCUACCCGUGCACAUGUGGCUAUCAAAUAUGCAGGUUUUGCUGGAAUCGUAUUCGGGAGGGCGAGAACGGCCUCUGUCCAGCGUGUCGGAAGGCCUACCCGGAGAACCCGGCAGACUUCACUCCUCUCAGUCAAGAGCAGGUGGCCGCAAUAAAGACGGAGAAGAAGGCCCGCGAGCAAAAGCGUCGCAACAAGACCUUGGAGUCCCGUCGCGCGCUUGCGAACGUACGCGUUGUCCAGAACAACCUCGUUUUCGUCGUAGGGCUGCCCGUUCGUCUCGCCGACCCAGAGAUUCUAAAACGACAAGAGUAUUUUGGGAAAUAUGGCAAAAUACACAAAGUAGUUAUAAACCAAAGUACUUCAUACGCAGGGACACAGGGUCCAUCCGCAUCGGCGUACGUGACAUACGUGAUGUCAGCGGACGCGUUGCGGGCAAUACAGGGCGUCAACAAUGUGACGCUGGACGGCCGCGUACUCAAAGGCUCGCUGGGCACCACCAAGUACUGCGCCAACUUUAUGAAGAACCAGCCGUGCCCCAAGUCCGACUGCAUGUACCUGCACGAGCUAGGUGAUCCGAAGGCGUCCUUCACGAAAGAGGAAAUGCAUGCCGGGUUGCACCAGGUGUACGAGCGGCGCUUGCACCAGCAACUGUUGCAGAUGCAGCGGGACCGCCCCGACGACAAGCAGGCAACCGAUGGUAGUUCUAGUACGAAUGCAGAAAAGAGUAGUUCUAAAGAUGGUAAUCAAUCGAACUUUAUACCAACAACAGUGGUUACGUCGUCUCAAGUUAAUGUAGUCAGCACAUCUAAAUCAAAGAAAGAUUCGGGCAAUGGUAGCAAUAGUAAUGGAAAUAGUAGUAACGGAAUCAGCAAUAGUAAUGGAAAGGAAGCGUGGCCUAGCCUCGGUUCCUCACCACCCUCAGAAAGCCCCGCCAGAAAACAGUCCAGCCCCAAACCACAGCAGACGGUUAAGUCACAAGAAAACGGCACAUCAGAACCACCAUCCAGUCCAACACAGCUCCAAUCACAGUCUCAAACGAAAAAUAGCAAAGAGAAUCACAUCGACAGUAAACCAAGCAGAAGUAACACUAGCAACACAAAUGGACAGAGUAGCAAGAAGAGCAAAUCAGAUAGCAAAUCCAAACAGAAAAGUAGCAAUAGUAUCACAAACGAAACCAGCGAACCACAGACAUUCGAGAGUAAAACAGAAGAAGAACAGAGCACGAAUAUCACUCAAACGCAGAACAAUUCAGUCUUCGAAAACGACACACAGAGUUAUUUAUCUAAUGACCUUGAUGAAUUAGAAUCAGAUAGACACAGCCUAUUAGAAAACCACGAUUUGUUAAACAACAGUGAUCACAGUUUAUUGGAAGACGACAACACACACAAUUUAUUGAACGAUGCAAAUAAUGAAGUUAUGAUGAUGCAGAGGCAUAGAGAGAUGCUGGCAGGGCUCGUAGACAACAACCAUCUCAUGCCUCAAAUGAAGAGCCCAUUAGUGAAUGGAUACGGGUUGUUAGACAGGGAUUCAAUGUAUCUAGGCAAUGAUAGGCAGAUUAGUCAAAUUAACCACAGUCUCAUGGACCAAAAGGAGAUGUUACUAAGGGAUCGCAGUAGGACAAACAUGCUUCUCAGACAGAACGAAAUGAUGGCCCGCCAACAUAAUGUGAUGGUGGAACCCAAACAUUACAAUAUGCCCACCUCCAGUAUAGGACUUGACUCUGCUGCUAGUGAAUUAUUAGGUGCUAAUUAUCAUCCAAAUCACAAUAUGCUUCCACCGUUCGGUAUGAGAGUAGACAAUUCAAUGGGCACAAGCUCUUUAGGUAACACAAUGUCGGCAAACUCAAUGUCAAAUAUUACUGCAAAUUCACUUUCCGCAAACACAAUGGCAAAUUCGAUGGGUUCAAACAGUUUGUCGGCGAAUUCUAUGGGAAAUUCCAUGGGCAGUUCAAUGGGUAACUCCAUGGUCAACUCAAUGGGAAAUUCGAUUGGCAACUCAAUGGGAAAUUCCAUGGGCAACUCAAUGGGAAAUUCCAUGGGCAACUCAAUGGGAAAUUCCAUGGGCAACUCAAUGGGAAAUUCCAUGGGCAGUUCUAUGGCAAAUUCCAUGGGCAGUUCUAUGGCAAAUUCCAUGGGGAAUGCGAUGGGAUACCUGAUGCACAAUCAACAAAUGGGCAUGCAGAAUCAAUCACAAAUGCUCCUCAAUGGAUUCGACACACCACAGUCUGCGGGCGAAGGUCGGUAUCAGGCGGAAAAUAUGGACAAGUUCUUCACUGACUUCCAUAAAGCGCAACAGAUGCGGUUGUUACUGUCGCGCGGUGAAGAGCGUCGCCACGACCACAUGCCCCACGCACACAGCAUGCUGAGCGCGGAACGGUUAGAAAUGGAGCACAAACAGAGAAUGAGUAACUUAAGAGCGGCAGAGGCAGGAGGUCGCGCGGCCGGCGACGGCGACGAUGACCUUGACUUUGAUCCAUUCAAGGAAACACAGAAAGCACUCGCAGAAAUGAUGGAAACGGAAGUCAUGCUCAACUCUAUCUCAAAUGGCGACAAUAUGGAGCGCGUACGCAGAUCUAGACUGCCACCGCCCGGCUUCAGUCACAUGAACACGUUCGGCCUCGCCAUGCCAAGGCACCAGGGGCAUCAACAAGAUUGGACCCAGAUGGACCCAGCCAUCAUGUCAACCUCCGUCAACUUCGGCAAGAACCAACCGCUCCGCCAGGAACAGGCGGGCACCCUGAGUCAACAGCAACAGGAGCUCUUCGCGCGGUUCAACCACAUGCAGGUCCAGCCCAACGGGGUCAAAAUGCCCCAGCAAUGGCCCCAGCAGAAGCUGUCCUGGCCCCUCCAGCACAGCGCGGCCUAUAACGCCAUCCCCCUACCCCCUGGCUUCGCACCACCCAAGAACCCAGCCGAAUGCAUCGACGCUAAGUAAACAAACAACAUGUGCAAUCUUCAAAAACCGGAAACACAUUCAGCGGAUAAUAUAUUUUCUAUUAUUGUCUCUUUCCGUUGGUGAUGUGAUCGAAAAAUCUUUGUAUUAAGAGAGCAUAUUUUAACGAGAGAAAUAUGAUAACAAAGGAUUUGUAAAAUGAAUUAACCUAUUUGUUUUAUUUAAAAGAAAAAAAAGAUUAUUAUUAUAUAUUUCUCUUUGGUUUUUAUUAUUCUCUAUUUUCAUUCACUCAGUCUCGGCUCGUUGUCCCCACGUAUCAUAUUUCUUAGAUUUCGUUUCUAUUAGUUGUUUUUGUUCGACUGAAGAUAUAUGUAUAUUCGUUAUAUAUUUAUAUAUUUAAUAGAAUCAUAAAGCUGUUACAUCAAAUUAUUAUUUUCUAUAUUAAAAUGAGAUGCCAAUUACACGGUUCAGUUUUGUACCUUAUUGAGCCAUUAUCCAUUGAUGAGAUCAUUAAAUUGAAGUAUUAUUA